AUGAAAAGGGAAAUAAAAAACUUCGAUAAACUUCAGUUGAUUGCUUCGGAAUCCAUAGCGCCGUCCGGGAUCUUGGAUGAAGUUCUCGCCGUAAAAACAGAAUUCAUAUACAUAGGCGUUAUUGAAAAUAGAAUGCAAGUCUUCCAAAAAUACAUAGCAAAUUUGAGCGUUCAGAAAAUGAACAACUCAUUAUGGUUCAAAAGUUUCUAUGAAUAUAUUAUGAAUUGCACUUUCCGAAAUACGAAUGUUAACAGCAUCAGGAAAAGGUGUAAUUCAAGUGAGAAAAUAGGCAAUGCACUAUUCUGUGGUAAUUUGUACCGGGUUGCAGAUAAAGUUAUAGAUGCCGUAUAUAUCUUUGCCCAUGGUCUCCACAAGAUCCUGGAAACCAAUUGCCCAAACAAUCUCGUCCAAGGUUGCAAAAUACCAGGCGAAGAACUACUCAAUGUUAUUCGUAACUCAAGUUUCACGAGUGUUGAUGGUCGUACAGUUUAUAUGGAUAAUAAAGGCGAG